AUGUCUGACAACGAGGAAAUCGAGGUUGAGACCGUCUCCGGAUACCAGGUUCUGCCCAAGGAUGUCACCGCCGAGAUUGGCAGCAUCAAGCUGUUCAACAAGUGGUCUUACGAGGAUGUCGAGAUCCGCGACAUCUCCUUGACCGACUACAUCCAGAUCCGCGCCCCAGUCUACAUCUCCCACUCCGCCGGCCGAUACGCCCAGAAGAGAUUCAGAAAGGCACAAUGCCCAAUCAUCGAGCGUCUCACCAACUCCCUGAUGAUGAACGGACGCAACAACGGAAAGAAGCUCAUGGCUGUCCGAAUCGUCGCCCACGCUUUUGAGAUCGUCCACAUCAUGACCGAUCAAAACCCUAUCCAAGUCGCCGUCGACGCCAUCGUCAACUGCGGUCCCCGUGAAGACUCAACCCGUAUCGGUUCCGCCGGUACCGUCCGUCGUCAAGCCGUCGAUGUCUCCCCUCUCCGCCGCGUCAACCAGGCCAUCGCUCUCCUCACGAUCGGUGCCCGCGAGGCUGCGUUCCGUAACAUCAAGUCAGUCGCUGAGUGCUUGGCUGAGGAGUUGAUCAACGCCGCGAAGGGGUCCAGUAACUCGUACGCCAUCAAGAAGAAAGAUGAGUUGGAGCGUGUCGCCAAAAGCAAUCGGUAA